CUUCAUCCGGCAUCACGAGUCAAGAGCUGUACUGUACUUCCUACCGGCUUUUUACUUUAUAAUAUAGUAAAUGUAUUUUCUCUUAUUUUCUUUUGAAUUUAGAGCUAGCCUAGAUCACAAGCUACACUAAGAGCUUUCAGUAAAUCCAACCAUAAUCAGAUCUUAUGUUUAUAGAGGAUCAUGCUGAAGAUGUCGAGGAACCACCUUUACUGCCCAACUCCUAUGCUUUUUAUGCUGCUGUGGCCGUCGAUGGUAAUGGCUGCUCCAUGUCAUAAGGGUCAGCCAUGUGUGUGUCUACAGUGUCCUGCUGGACAUGAGCCGUCCACGCCAUGCAGUACACUCGAGGGUCCUGAUGCAGUGGUGGAGUGUCGGCGUUGCCCACCAGGUACUUUCUCAGACUCCUAUGGUCCGGAUCAGUGUAUGAUACACACACAGUGCAAGAGACUGAACCGUCAAAUAGUGACACCUGGCACCUCAGAAUCAGACGCAGUGUGUGGAUCCUGUCUAACUGGGUUUUACUCUACACUGAGUACACAGAGAUCCUCCACCCAGCGUUCAUGCAUGAAGAGAUCUCUGGUGCGUUUGCGGCGGAACUCAGGAAAGAAUGCCCGGGCGCAUGGAGCCGGAUCGGGUGGAUCAGCAGUGGGCGGGGCUAAUAACACAUCUGUACAGGCAGCAGAGGAGAAGAAUACAGAGUAUGCCGUGUUUGUUCUCGUCCCCGUGUUCUGUGUGACUGGGCUGCUGGGCAUCCUCAUCUGCAACCUGCUUAAGAAGAAGGGCUACAAGUGUACAACAGAGAAGGAGAGGGCAGAGGCAGAGGCAAGCGCACUGCAGAAAGAGGGUAAUCCUUGCCCUUAUGUUAUAGAAGAUCAGAAUGAAGACACGAUAAGUGCAUUGGUACGCCUCAUCACAGAAAAGAAAGACAAUGCUGCUGCUUUGGAAGAGUUGUUACUGGAAUAUGAGAAGAAGGAUAUGUCUAGUAGCAAAAGAUCAUCAAUCAAGUUCCCUGGCUUCCUCCAGUUCCGCUCAGCAUCCAAGGUCUGUGCUCACCAUCAACACCAUCAUACUAUCAAUGGUGUGAUCCCACUUACUGGUAUCAGCUGCUCACGCUGCAGUCAGAAGAAAUGGCCUCACGUGCUGUUGCCUCACACCAUUGAUACAAAUAAAACAUCCUGUGCCGCAUCUAUCACCUCUUCACCUGGCGAAGGCAGGGUCCUCAAUGUAGGAAGGUUCCAGGUGGCUCAGAUCCUGGAGGGUGACCCAGUCACCUUGCCGACGACCCGAGCAGAGUCCGUUGACACCGAUUCAAUAGACUCUUCUAACAUGGAGCCUGCUGAAGAAUCAUCCCUUCUGGCCAUGUCCUCUUCCACAAGCUCCCCUUCUGCAACGAGCAUACUUAAGAUGAGUGAGUAAAUGAACGAGUGGAAGAAAAAGUGAAGCAUCCAGCUUGUUGAAGGACAUCAACACCACAUCGAGCACGACCUUAUCGCUGGUCUUCUAAGGAAGUGCCGAGGCUCAAGCUGGAUGGAAAUUGUAUUAACCCCUAUGGGGAGUUAGCCUUAAAUUUAGGAAAACAGGAUUUGGUCUUUAUAAGAGUUUUUGGAGCUAUUUUAUUUGUUUAAAAAGAAGAGUGAAAUGUGAAACAUAUCUUAACUCUGUAGAGUAGAUCUUUAUACUUGUCAGAGCAUUUAGAGUCGCCCCUUCUUUAAGUUCUUCACUGGUCCAAUAAAUAUACAGAGAAUAUUCAUCAAAAUAAUAUUUAGAUUUAUUUUUCUUUACAUGUCAGGAAAUGCUUGGUUUUUUUGUGUUUUUUUUUUUUUUUUAAUCUCUGCAACAGGGACAGCCUUAUAUACCGUUAAACCACUUAUUUCAUUGCUGUAAAUAACUCCUAAUAUGUAUAGUAUACCAUGUAGGCAGGUAUUAUCAGUUAUUGUGCAUUAGGAGCAUAUACAUCUCUUUUAUUCUAUAAACCUUUACAGGGGUUCAGUGAGUGGCAUAAAUUGAUCAUUCUCACCAGCUUUGAUGUCUGAUUUGCCUAAAUAAUAUGGAUGAGGUGGAAUUAAGUCUUGUUUUAAGUAUUAAUAUUGGAAGCACUAUGCAUUUAGUUGCCGUGCUGCAGAGUAUUAGUGGCUGAGCGGUUGUUCCUGAUCCUUCCACUUACAUUUCAAUAUAUCGAAUGUUAAUAUUUUUUAUGUUGUUCACUGAUAGCAGUGGUAAGGUUUGAAUUUUUUUUUUUUUUUGGACCAGGAGAAUAACCUCACAAUUUUGGAGUAUUAUGGUAUUGGUUGGUAGUAAAAAUGAUAGAGAAACAUGAUAUAUAUUUGACAACAAAUUUUUUAUAAAAUCUCAAAGUAUUUAUCACAUUUUUAAAAACUAUAGUUGAAAGAAAGAGUGGUUUUAAAGAGUCACAGACAGACAUAGAUUAGACCACCAAAAAUGGAAACAUAAACAGGUUAAAAAAAAAAUGAUUGAUGGAAAUGCAUUUUAAUGUUUUUUUUUUUAAUUAUUAUUAUUGAAGAAAUGAACUGUAAGGAAACCAUCUGAUCACACACCGUAGAUAACCAUGAAACUGUGAAAACAUAACAACCCCGAUCUUCUUUUUUCUAACUAGAAUAGUCUCAGAAGGUGUUUUCAUGCCACCUCGCUUUUCCUGAGGUGUUUAGACCACAUAGUGCAGUUCAAGCAAUUAAUUAGCUGAGUAAAGUAUGAAAGAUCAUGGAAAAAGCUAAACUGUGAUCAUGUAUGACUGUUCUAGUCUGUUCUUCUCCACUAUUUAGAUUAUUAGACUGUUUAAAAGCAAGUUAUUCAGGAUUCAGGUUUAUUAUUUCCUCAUUACUAUGAGGCCAUAAGUAAAUACAAGUUUUAAUUACGGUUUGCUGUUGAAAGAAAGACCAAGCCUUAUAAAAGCUAGUUUUAUUAGCUUACCAUUGCAAGCUAGUUCAUUUCAUACACAAGUUGCACUAGCUAUCUGAAUUGAAUCAUGAAUCAUGAAAUCAUGAAAACUUCUUGUAAGUUCUACUUGAGCACAUACAAUGUCUUAUCCAAAAAAAGUAAAGGUUACCUUUAAGACAGUUGGCACACAUACUAGUCUCUAGAAUGCUGGUGCAGGUAUUAACAGGUAUGUGCUGAAUAUCGCAAUAAACAUUAUGUGUUGAAUAUCACAAUAUAUACAUGUAUAGCCUAGAGAUAAGCAAUAUAAGGGGGCACUAAAGGCCUAUGUAACCAUUGUGAUAUCUUAUGGUGCAUCAUUGAAGCUACCUCCCUAUCUAACUAUUUAUGAUGUGUGUAUACCUACAAAAAGAUUUUUUUUCAUCCUUGCACACAGAGGCCUCUGCAUAUGUGAGGGUUUACACUGAAACAACAGCCACUCAAGGUAUAAGAAACUUGUUUAAAGUAAAGAUACUGGUGGUACAUCUGAAAUACGCACAAGCAUACUCAUGCAUUAGCCUCUGCUAACACACAAAACAGAUGAAAAUAAAAACUUUGGCUAUGUAAUCUGUAUAUUGGGUUUAAUUGCUGGACUAGAUGUGAAAACUCUGUGGACACUGCAAAGUCAAAAAUUAUAAUAUAAUUUGCAGUCGUCUUUAAACAUUGAACAAAAUUAAAUAUGUUGUUAUUGGGGUUUUUCCUCAUCUUGUUUUACUUUUAUGUUUAUGUUUAAAUUUUGAAAAUGUACGAUGAUAAGGUUACAAGCAACACUGUUACUGUCAUCUAUAUGCACAUUUUUAUAAAUAAUAGAAUUUUGUACAUUAUUUUCCAUUCAGCCCUUUAAAAAACAGUAUUCUACUAUAUGUUUAGGAUCUGGAAUCUGUGGGUUCUACGAUACUUGUUAAGGUGUUAAUAACCAGACUGAUGUAAUGAGAAUAGAAAGAAAAGAUUCUCUGCAUCAUUGUAGCUUUCUGUUUAUUUUCAUUUAAACAUUAUAAGCAUUUUCUUGAUAUUUGUACUCUUUAAAUAAAGGAUAAGAACUGAACAAAUGUGUGACUUUUUACAUUUCCAAAGUUGACAUAUUAACGUACUGAUUCUAAAAGAAAAGUAACUCAAUAAAAAUUCAUGUAAAUGUAAAGCAAAACAAAGCCACUUCCGUGAAUCAGAAGCAUGCAGACAUAAACAAACAUAUUUUUACAUUUAAAAUAAAAAAAAAAUUUUUGUUACAUUCAUUUGCUUAAUUAACAGGCAUUAUAUAAAGUUAUAUACACAUUGUUCAAUCUCAUUAUAGAUGACUUAACAUUUGGAAAGAAUCUGAAGUGCUGAAUACUAGUACUGGAUUACUUAAUAGUAAUCUAUAGCAGGAUAUGAAAGCUAUACUGUUCAGAAUGCAAACAUUAUAUGCUGAUGCAGGCCUUAUUUAUUAUAUAUCAAAUAUCUGAAUAUUAAUUUGGCUUUAUUGAGUAAGAAGUAAGAAACAUUUUGAUUUGCUAUAGAAAAAUGAUCAUUGAUGGGGUUGAGUGAUCCUGAUGUUCCGCUGAAGCAAAGUUAGUGAUCCACCCCAAAGUUGAUUAUUUUCCAAUAAUAGCUUGUGUGGUCUAGUGGUUAGGAUGCGGCACUCUCAAUGCUGCGGCCCGGGUUCGAUCCCCAGUCAGGGAGCCGACCCCAGCCAUUAGGGUUGCAUAAGC